AUGCCUACUCCUGUACAUGAAGUUUUCAUCAAGCGCCCCAGUGAACUUUUACAGGGGGAACUGUCAGGCCUUAUCAGACGGUCAGAUGGGAAGUUCAAGUUGAGUUCUAAUACAUCCAAGUUCCUCCGGCGAGGUCAAAUCACCACUGUACCCGACUUAGCCCUCAAGUUCCAAAGCCUCAACCCUAGCACUGAGUGGCAGGACUUGUUCACUGUCAAGGUCUUCCACUCCCAAUCACUUGGGGACGUCACCCAGAAGGUGAAAAAGUACUGGGAGGAGCUCCCCCACCUUGUUGGCAUUCUAGUGGUCAAAUUCUAUGAGUCCCACAAAUACGCAAAGCCCCAAUAUGGGUACGCUGAACCCGUCAACAUGCAGUAUUUGUGCAACUUACAAAAGGACGACAAUAUCAAAUAUGGCCCUUUGAGGACAGCUGACAGCGUAACAUGGGCGGGUAGAUUUGUGGUGGAUAUGUACCUGUAUGAAAGGGACCCAAAGGUUGUAGGGGGGGAGGGCUAUACACGGGAUCUUCCUACGCCUGUAGUACUGAGGGUGGUACCUGAUAUAGAUGUGGGCCAACUCUAUCCCACUCAAGCCCAGAAAGACAAUUCAACGAAGUCAAUUUUGGAGAUGGAGAAGAUUAUGAGGAGUGCGCCCCAGACUGUUGCUAACCUAGAAGCUGAAAGUGCAGCUGCUCAGAUAGCAGCGCUAGAGGUUGCUACCCAGGAUUUGAUAGCAAAUUGCACUGGUCGUCCUCUUCAGAGUGGUACCCAUUUGCGCAUGCCCACCACUAUUCUACCUACUCCCCAUUUUCACCCCCAAGUAUUGCCUAAAGAGAUAUCUCCCAUCAAUCUCUCAGACUUCAAUAUCCAGCUGGAUUUUGACGAUUUCCUUCAGGCUUUUCAAGGAUCUGUAGCUGAUCUGGCACAUAGACAUUUUCAGGAUCAUUAUAAUGCCCCCCAAAGUCGUGCUAAGGCAGCUAGGAGAAGGAAUCCUUUUCACUCUGAAGAAGAAAACAAGCAAAUUCUAUGUUUUACCACUACGUAUUUCCAAUUUGGGAUAUUGCCGGUGCAGAUUGAGUAUAGGUUCAAGGAGAAAAUGGCACACAUACCAAGUAUGGUUGAUUGCACAUGUCCUGCAUGUGGAAAACUUUUGAAAACACCACAAGGUGUUAUGGCUCACCUAUCAAUGUCAGCAAUGUGUGCUUGGUAUAGGAAAGGAAAGAGAAGAGAACUUGAGGCAGACAACCUAGGCCCUGAACAAGUAGUAUUUGAUGAAGUCAACUUGGAUGAAAAUGUUUACAACCAAGAAGAUUAUGACUCAGAUGGGUCAGAAGAUAUAUUCCUCAACAGCUUACAAGAACCAUUUAACAAUUUCCUGAAUGAUCCUGCAAUGCAAGGCAACACCCAGGAUAACUUGAACCCUGACCCAGAGAUGCAGGCUGGCAGUUCACGUCACCCCCACUCCCUGCACUUUAAUCUGGAUGACAAUGAUGAUGAUAAUGAAAGAGUAGUGGAACAAAAUGAGAAUGCUGGCAAGGUUAUAAGGGUGGAUCUGGAUGCUCAUAAUAAAUGGAGGGAGAUUUUUCACCAAUUCCAUCAAGAUGACAAUGAAAUGGAUGUUGAUCUUCCAGAUAAUAGAUGGGCUCCAUUUUCCACAGAAUUAGACUGGAAAUUUGCACAUCGGGCAUUGCAGGAGGGGGUUGGCCAGAAAUCUCUUGACAGAUUAUUGGCAAUUCCUGAAGCUCUUCUACCUCGGGGAGCAUCUGUUGCUCCUGUUAUAAUAGCGACAGACAAAACUCAGUUGACUCAGUUCUCAGGCGACAAGUUUGCAUAUCUGGUGUAUCUAAUGCUAGGCAAUAUACCCAGCUCUAUUAGGCACAAACCCUCUCAGCACGCUUGCGCACUCAUUGGAUAUCUGUCUGUCAAUAAAUUGGUGAAAAAAGGCUUGACAACAAAGGAGAAGACAGCACGUGUUUAA